CUGGCAACCACAUAACACCAUGUGGUUCCCUAUCAUCCUUCUAGCAGCCGGCGUGGCCGUGGUCACAGGCGCGCUUGACCACGAGCAUGCUUGGGAAAGAGGAAACGAGUAUGAGUACCUUGUACAGAGUCGGACAGUGACAGGUCUUGACAAGUUGAAACGACAAUAUACUGGACUUCAUAUAAAGGCUAAACUGACGGUUUAUGUAAAAUCGCCAGAGAAAUUACAAAUGGUGCUGUCCAAUCCACAGUACGCUCAUCUACACACCACAUUAGUGGACGGCCCGGAUACCGAACUUCCUGAUAAUAUGCUGGAGUAUCGGGAGAUUCCCAUGUCAGGAAAGCCACUUGAGGUCACAGUGAAGCACGGAGUGAUACGGGAUUUAUUAGUCGACCGUAAUAUUCCUAUUUGGGAAUUGAAUCUCCUCAAGAGUCUUUUGAGCCAGCUGCAAAUUGACACGCAGGGAGAAAACGCGAUAGAAAUGAGAAGCGCUCAAGUUCCAGUCGACGAAAAUUCUCCCGUUGUAUUUACAGCCAUAGAAGAUUCCGUCGGUGGCAAGUGCGAAGUACUAUACGAGAUCUUACCGUUGGACUCAGAUGCUCAUCGAGAGAUACCAGACAAGAUACCUUUUCCAGACUUACGUGGUGAAGGAUAUUAUUACGACGUUAAAAAAAUGAGGAAUUACGAGAAAUGCCUUCAGCGACAAAUGUAUCAUGAUCUAGAAGAUCCAAUGGUCCGUGAAAGAGAAGAAUUCUAUAAACACGAUAAAUUCAUUUCGGAAUUAUCUACGACUCGAAUGCUUCUCUCGGGCCAUCUGAAAAGAUUCACUAUUCAAUCUGUCGUAACGAAGAAUCAUAUAUCCGUUAGGCCUGAAAAAACUCGUCCUUUCCUUGGCAACGUCCAUAGCAUAAUAAGAAUGACUUUAAUAAAAAAGGACAAAGUGUCCAGUCCAACGUUUGAUCUCUUCGAAUCAAGCAACCUCGAAUCAACUGGAAGCCUAAUAUACACAUAUAACAAUCCAUUUUCUGAUUCUGAGAAUCCAAUGUUACCAAGCGUCAGUAUGAAUUCCGAGCAAAUAUAUUCAUCAGAGAGAACCAGUUCUUCUGAAAAAAGGGACGACCAGAACAGCUUCUCUAGUAGCUCCAGCGAUGAGGAUCACACUUUAUAUAAGAGCAAUCUUUCACCUAAAAGACUGGCAAUGCACAUGGCUUCGAUGCACAAAAAAAACCCGCUAUUAUCCUUCAUGACUGUCACAAAUGAACAAAUCAACUUAAUUCAUGACUUAGUUCAUGAAAUGGCUGCAACAAUACAGUUUUCUAAUGACACGCGUCUAAGUGUAAUGGAGCAAUAUGUGUACUUAAGAAACUUCUUGCGCAUCAUGAGCCUCAAGCAGAUUGGUGAAUUAGAAGAACGCUUACAUCACAGAAUGCAUGCAGAUCACAAGAAUGUUGUCUGGAGCAUCUUCCGGGAUGCUGUUGCACAAACCGGAACAGAACCCGCUUUGGUGACUGUCUACAAUUGGUUAAAAACUAGAAAAGUUGAAGGCAUAGAAGCAGCAAGAAUUAUAUCUAAUGCUGCCCGGUAUGUUCACGAACCAACAAAAGAAUAUGUCAGAACAUUCUAUGAAAUGAUAUCCGAUCCAUCAGUAUUGUACCAGACAGCCGUAAAUGUGACCGCACCAAUAGCAUUUGCUGAAGUAAUACGUAAAAAUUAUGCCAAUACUUACUAUAUGACACGCAGUUUGAGGCGUUUAGGCCCUAUGACUCUCAGGCAUAAAGUCUCACCCGAACACAUUGAGAUAAACGACGUUUAUAUUCCCUUUAUGGAAGAACAACUGAAACAAGGCUUGUUUGAAAGUGACACUUCAAAAAUUCAAGUAUAUAUCAUGGCACUUGGUUUGACAGGCAAUUCGAAGGUUCUCUCGAUCUUUGAGCCGUACAUAGAAGGCAAGGAGUCGGUGUCGAAGUUCCACCGUUUGCUCAUGGUAUCUUCCCUGGCCACCUUAAGCAAAUUCGAACCGAAAUUAGUUGGACCAAUUUUUUAUAAGCUCUACUCAAAUGUAAACGAAGAUCAUAAAAUACGUUGUAUGUCCAUACAUCGAUAUAUUAUACUCGAUCCACCUUUGAUUAUGUUGCAACGCAUAGCGAAAUUUACUAAUGACGAUUCGAAUGAAGACGUAAUCUCUGCUGUAAAAAGUACAAUAAACAGUCUCGCCAAUACGAAGCGACCAGAAUUGCAAGAUCUCUCUACUAAGGCGCGCAGUGUCAGGCAUCUAUUGAAUCCGAAAGAGUUUAAGAGAUGGAAUUCGCAAGGCUACUACACAGAUUUGGAUUACAUGAGUAUUAAAGGACUUAGUGUGCAAACCAUUAGUAGCAGUGGUAUAAUACCCUCAUAUUUGCAAGUUGCUGUGAAUUCUAUUUUCGAUUCCCAUGGAUUACCUACCGUAGAAGCAGGAUACUUAGUAUCGAGUGCCAAGCAGUUGUGGCGCCAUUGGGAGAACGAAGAAACAAGUCAUGAAUUAUUGAAAAAAUCACGUAUUGAGAAGCUUAUGCAAGUACUUCAGCUCAAGUCCGAAGAUCUGAGUAAAUUGGAAGGACAUGCCUUUAUUAACACAGCACAUGAUCUUCUGAUCUAUCCCUUUAACAGUAGUACUGUUAAAAAAAUUUCCUCUCAGUUGAAGGAUUUCUUCAAGAGGGAUCAACAAGUGGAUUUACUUUCCUUCUAUAAUACCGAAAUGAUGUUAAGCUUCCCAAUUGAAAGUGGCCUGCCGUUGCUUUAUACUGUAGACUCGCCAAUGAUUUUUAAACUUAAAGCUGAAAUGAGGAAUGACGAACUUUCGAAUAAAAAAAAAACUGGCGUGUUAAAUAUGUAUGUUGCCAAUAAGGUUCAGGAACAGUUUGGUUUUAUAGCACCUUUCGAGCGUCAUCAUUACAUUGCUGGUGCUCAUGUCAAUCGAAUGUUGCGUUUACCAUUAGAAUAUGAAUUGGAAUAUGAUUUGACUCAACGCAAGCAUGAUACUGGUGCGUUAAAGAUUCGACCACAAACUCAAACUUCUCCAAUCACUGUAUUGCAUCUCAGCACUGUUCCCUUCACUACGCGACAAGACCUUCGUGAUGUUCAACCUGUAUCUCUUAGUAGAAACACGCAUCUUGUAUUAACAGAAAGAAAACGUAAAACCAUAGCAGAGAGAGACUUAAUUUCUGUCCGAGUAGAAACUGAUAACAAAGAAAUAGAAGAAAAUGUAGAAGAAAAUAAUAGCAUUUUACAGGUCUUAUUAAAAUUACGAGAGAUACCUGACGGCCAAUAUAAAAGAAUGGAUAUAAUAAUGAAUCCUGAACAGUUAGCAAAGAGUGCAUUACACAUAAAUGUUAUUCAUGAGAAAAUUGCAAUUGAUAAUGCCGUGCAAUCACAUGAACCAGAGUCACAAAUUAUGUUUCCUUUAAAACAUGUAAAGCCAAACAGUGAAAAGAGACGACAGGAGAUUGUGACAGGCUUCAGCAAAAGUUUCACGUCGGGUGAUGUCCAUGUAGUGGAUGUAAAUUUCAACUUACCCGAAUUAGAAAAGCAAAAUGUGUUCACCGUUGGUUGGAUGGACAGCAACGUAGACAAGAAGUCAAAGAUUUAUCUAUAUUGGAAUUCUCAAAUAUCGAGAAAGGAAAGACCAACAUCUGAACUUUACUAUACUCUUUACUAUACGCAUGAAAUGCAAUAUUCACCAGAUACUCCUCUAAAUUUCGAACAUAUGAAGAAACAUGCGCCGAGAGAUAAGUUCAAAGCUGAACUGCAUUAUGGAGAGAGCAGCAGAGAAAACAAAAUUGUCGUCAACGGGAGCCUGUCGCGAAGCAACCAAAUAAAGGAUAUAUUAGAGUCCUCCAGAGUAGUUAAACAAUGUCGGGAAGAAAUGGAGAGGGGAUAUAAUACACUGCGUGCUUGCCAGCAGGCUACUGAACUUGCCCGAGUGAAGAAUCAGUUGGACGUUUCAGUUAGAGGUUCAAUAAUUAACUAUGUUGAAAAAGUUGUUCACAAGAUUUUAGAUUAUUUGUCGCAUCUCUUCCCUCACUCAGACGUGAAAGUAACAGACUCGGAAGACUCUGAUAGAAAUGUCUUCAAUAUAAAAAUGAUUUUGUCACCCAUAGAAACAGUUCCGUCGGCUUCCUUAGAUUCUUCGCAAGUAGAUGUUACUUUCCCUAAUAUGGAGCAAACAGAUUCCGAAAUGCAAGAGCUAUUAAAGGAAAAUACCGUAUACCGGAGAAAAGAAAGAAGAGCUUCAUGUACUGUUGAUAAAGACAUGGUCUUUACUUUUGAUAAGCUGCUUUAUCCUGUGAAACUGGGGACUUAUAAACAUGUACUAACGACCACUUAUCCACGAAAGGAUCCUGAUACUCGAAAAAAUAUAACAGAAGUGGAUUUUGUUGCCUUAAUUAGAAAUCGUACCGAUGGUACCAAGGUGGUCGCUCUAUGGUUGGAUGAUCACGUAAUUGAAUUAGAGAAAACGAGUGAUGAUAUUACAGUUAAAGUCGACGGCGCUCCCGUUCAUAUACCACAAUAUAAAAGUUAUCAACUAAGAAAAGAUGAUGAAACAAUUGAAUUCAAUAAGCUACCCGACGAUUCGAUAGAAGUGAUUUCGAGCAAAUCUGAUAUCAGAGGACUAUUUGACGGAGAACGUAUUCAAUUAUUGGUAUCUGACAGAUAUCGCAAUGCUCUACGCGGUCUUUGUGGUAACUACGAUUCCGAUCCCAGCACUGAUUUCCUCACUCCUCAAAACUGUCUCAUGAAGAUGCCCGAAAUAUUUACCGCUACAUAUGCCUUGACUGAUGAGGGUUACCGUCACGAAGACAUUCUGGAGAACAAACGAAAAGCUGAAUUCACUCAAUGUCGUGAGUUGCCAACAUUUCGUUCGAACAACGUUAUUAACGAUAUAGAAGCGGGAAGAUCGCCGACACAUAGUAAAUUUUGGGGCUAUCAUAACAAUAAUCUCAAGAGAAAAUAUCACUUGAAUCAUGAUAGUAAAAGAUCUCAUUUGGAGAGAAAGGAUUUAUCAGACGGUAGCGACGUUGUCUACCGUACAAGAGUUGUUUCAGAAGACGAAGAGAUUUGUUUCACGACCAAACCUGUACCAAUGUGCCGUGAAGGUACUAAGUCUCAGAGAAGCUACGCUAGGGAUGUUGAUCUUUAUUGCCAACCAAAGAACGAGGAAUCUUUAUUAAUAAAACGCAGGAUCGAGCAAGGCGCUAAUCCAGAUUUUACCCGAAAGCCUAUCAGUAGAUCGCGUACUUUCCACAUUCCUGGCUUCUGCGAGUAAUCUGGCAAUACCAAAAUGAUAUACCGACCAUGCAUACUUAAAACGACCUCUUUUUUAUUUUUUCUUUUUUUAGAAAGCAGUAAAUAUACACUGUUAAAUCUAUAGUAUCAAACUUAACUCACUUAGGUUAAUUUGAUACUAUAGAUUUAACAGUGUUGUUUAAUAAUACAGUAAUGUAA